AUGAUCCAAGACAACAUGUUGCGCCCCAUUCGGUUGAAUGCAGGCCUAGGAAAUCCUCCAGAAGCAUAUUAUAACAACAUGCCAGAAUCAGCAAAUAAAAUUAUUAAAAUGGGAGUAGACUUUCAAAAGAAUGAAAUGUCACAAUUUAACGACAAGAUGGAGAAAGUAAUUCAGCAGCAGCGACGGGACUGUGAAUCAGCCGUAAUAAACAGAGGUCCAUAUGCUCUCACAGACGACUACCUUCACUUACAAAUGUCUCCUGACAAGUGGUUUUCCCUGAAUGCUCGUCAGCGUGAAAGGCAUUUGAAAAAGUUCUGGGAAGAAGUACCUGGAAGAAAUGUUGAUGUGCAGGAUGACAGUGGUAAUGUAAACGAUGACAAGGAAGAGAACACUUCCCUUACCAGCCCUCCAGAGCUGUCUGUAAGACCAGAGGAGUCAGGUGCAGCUGGUGUAGCUCUUCUUUCCCUAAAAGAGAUGUACCGGCAAGCAUCCAUUCUUCUCCUCAAGAAAGAUUCCAUUGUGGAAAUACCUUUUAAGCCCCAUACGUUUAUGGUUGAAAGCGACAAGGGAAGGCCACAUUAUGUUGUACUAGCAGAAAGUGGGAAGGUGACAUGCGAGGACUGUCCUCGUUAUAAGUCUACAAAAAAUAUGUGCACAUUCUUUAGCCGUGGCAGAGAAGUGCGGUAA